CACGCUGCUCUGAGAAUCUUUCCACUACGUCAGCUCGUCCCGUCCGCUGUGAAGAUGUCUGCGACGGGUUCAGGCGGCUGCGGACCCGGACCGGGACCAUCCCCGGGCUCCGGCUCCGGGGCCUCCAACCCCAGAAAGUUCAGCGAGAAGAUAGCGCUGCACACCCAGAGGCAGGCGGAGGAGACAGCCGCCUUCCAGGAGGUCAUGAUGGACAUCACCUCCACCAGGCUCCAGGCCCAGAAGCUCCGGCUCGCCAGGAGUCAGGGUCCGUACUACGGCGGCUCGCUGCCAACGUCAACCAGCAUCGGCAGGAACCCUCAGGACUUCCAGGGCUUCUUCCCUUCGGCUCUCGAAUCCAACCGGUCGACUCGGCAUCACGGUCUGGUAGAGCGAGUCCAGAGGGAUCGCCGCUUCAUCUCACCGGUCCGACCGUACCGCAACCGACAAAUGGACAACUCUCCCUAUAACUCCGCCUACCUGUCUCCGCCCCCCGGCCCCAGCUGGAGAAGGAAUUGGUCCGGAAACUUCCCCGGGGAUAAAAGCCAGUUGUUUCGUCUCCCUACCACUGCACUCAACAGGACAAACUCUGACUCGGCCCUCCACACCAGUGUGAUGAAUCCUCCCACAGGAGACCCCUUCACCACGGGAGGACCAACCCUCGCCCCCCAGAGCUCCAGACGCACCGGUCAGAGCGACGGAGAGGGAAGAAGAAUGUUUCCGUACCCGGUUCCUCCCAUCGAAGAGAACGUUCUGGAUGAGGGGAAACUUCUCAAACCCUGGGACACCAAGAAGCUGCCUCUGUUGUCGUCCAGACCAAAGUCCUGUGAAGUUCCUGGCAUCAAUAUCUUUACGUCUCCGGAGCAGCCGUCCGCUCCGACUCACGGCGUUCCUUCAGCUCUCAACACCGGCGGCUCGCUGCCGGACCUGUCCAGCCUCCACUUCCCCUCUCCGCUGCCGACGCCGCUGGACCAGGAUGAGCCCGGCUACCCAGGAUCCUCGUCUCUUAGCGGGGGCAGCAGCACAGGGAACCUGGCCUCCACGCUCACCCAGCUGGGCAUCAACGCGGCCAACGCUGGAGGAAACGGCAGCCUCCACCAUCACCACACACACGGUCUCCUUGCGUCUCUACAGAGCACGCUCAGUAACCCCUCCCUGCAGUCGUCGCUAAGCAACCCCAACAUCCAGUCGUCGCUCAGCAGCCACUCCUUUUCCAACUCUCUGAGCUCCGCCUCCCUGCACUCGUCGCUCAGCAACCCGUCGCUGCAGUCGUCCCUCGGCUCCUCCCCGUCCCUGCCGUCCUCCCUCAGCAGCCAAUCGUUGCACUCGUCCCUCAGCAACUCAUCCCUCCAGUCGGCGUCCAGCGGCAACCCGAGCUACAGCAGCAGCGGCGGGGGCGUAGGUGGAUCCGGCUCAUGCUCCUCCUCCUCUUACUCGCCGCUGCUGAGCGGACAGGGGCAGCCGUCGCUCAGCACGUCGCCGCGGAGACGGGCCCAGCUCUCCCCGCUCAUCCUGCCCAUGGGAGGAGAGUCAAGGAGGCAUCACUCCAAGCAGUUCUCCCCCACCAUCUCCCCCACCUUGUCCUCCAUCACACAGGGCGUCCCACUGGACACCAGCAAGCUGCCUCUGGACCAGAGGCUGCCUCCGUACCCGCUGAGCCAGUCCCACCAGCACCAGCACCAGCACCAACACCAGCACCAGCACCAGCCUCUCCAAGGUCUCCCCGGCUCCCAGCAGCCCGGCCAGCAGCCAAACCCUCUGAUGGGCCAGCACCACCUGCAGCAGCUGCAUCGCCUCCAGCAGCCGCGGCCCAACGCCCAGCAGCAGCAACAGCAGCAGCAGCAGCAGCAGCAGCAGCAGCAGCAGCAGCAGCAGCAGCAACAACAGCAGCAGCAGCUCCACCUGCAGAACCUUCGCAACACACACAACCAGCACAUGCAGCAGCAGCACUUUGCAACGCAGCAGCGGUCGUUGGGACAGCAGCUGAACACGACCAACUCUCCGCUCAUAAAGAACGAGGGUGCGUUGGACCAGUGCAUCCAGAGCUCUUCCUCCUCCUCCUCUUCCUCUCAGUGUCAGGUCAAACAGGAAACGGAGCAGCAGGCGGAGCAGCAGAGAGCCGGAGGUCUUCCUCAGCUGCAGCAGAUCAGCCACAGCUUGGCCACAGACCUCUACAACGACGCUUUGUUCAACUCUCUGCUGGAUGAUCCGUACCUGAGUCUGCAGCUGUCCGGAAAAUCCAACCAGCAGUUCACAGCAGAGAACCAGUCUGACGGUUUCUCCCUGAACCACGGCGGUCUGAGCUGCGGGGGCCACGAUAAGAACCCGUUCCCCUCCAACACGCAGGGGAACCUGGAGCUGCAGGACCACGGAGACCAGCAGCUGCUCAACAACCAGAACCAGAACUACAGCGGAGGAGACGGACGACACAACGUUCCCAACAUCAUCCUCACUGGUGACUCACCACCAGGCCUGUCUAAGGAGAUCGCCAGCGCUCUGUCUCACGUCCCCGGCUUUGAGAUGGAUCCUUUCUCUCUGGACGAUCCGCUCAGGAUGGAUCCGCUGGCUCUGGACAUGCUGGACGGCGACCUGAUGCUCGCCGACCCGGCAGUGGAGGACUCCUUCCGUUCCGACCGGCUGAAGUGACCCCACCAUCGCCAUCACCCCCCGCCCAACAAAUUCGGGAAUCUCUUCACGAUGGCGACGAUGAAGUCUUGAAGAGGAAGGAGCUGAUGUUUCUGUCGGAAGGAGAGAGAGAGAGAACGGGGCGCAGGCUUUUUCAUCGAAGGCACUUAACUGAAAAAAAUUGCUCUCACAAUGCUUGAAGUCAAGAAAGAAAGAAAAAAAAAAAACCCAAGAUGCUUCUCUUCUUUUAGGCAUUAGCUUGUACGAGUCGU